AAGCAAGGCAGUUUGGCGCGCGAAGCCGAUACUUGCACACGUACUGUUGUCUGUCGCUUUCGCUUUAGUUAUGUAGCGUUCGGCUGUUUGAACAAGUGCUAAGUUGAUCGUUUCAUGUGAUACAGCUCGUUGAGGUUGGCAUUAUGUUUUUAAAUUAACCGUUCGAUCUUUAAACAGUUUAUUGUGUUUUGUUUUUAAUUUGUUUCGUCUAUGACUGUCUAUGAACCGCUCGUGUCACUGUUGAUUUGGAGUGUAUCUUUUUAAUAAGAAUGACGCCGCAGGAGGAGCGAGAAAGCGCAGGGGGAGCGGAGAUUGCUGAUGCCUUCGAGGACGACAUGUUCGGCCCACCACGCACCGAACCAGCCGCCGCCCGGCCUAAGCUUUCCAUGAUCUCAGCACGCCUCCGCGCUAAUGAGGAGCGUAAACGGGUCAUAGAGAUUUGUUCGCAAAAACUCGAAAAUAUUGAAGAUCCAGCUCGUGAUCUACGCCGUUCCGUAUGCAUCAACAACACUUAUUGUCGGCUUAGCGAAGAGGUGCGCAGAGAGAAGGAGGCCAGGCGGAGGCGCGCGAGAGAGGAAUGCGACGACUCCUGGAUUGGCAAAAAGAGUAGGCGCGCUGUUGAGGAUGAAUGCCUCGCGCUACUCGAUGCUAUACCGGAGUUAGGUGACGCCAAUCUCGGGUGUGCGCAGCUAGCCAGACAGAUGCCCAGACAAGACGUACCUCUGUUGCCGAGCAGCCUACUCACAGUUCUGGACUCAUGACCGCGCCGUGCCGCGCAUUUACAUACUCCACUGUGAUGGGAGCACGUUGAGUGAAGCUCUUGGGAGUUCCGAAGCGCUCGUGUCGCUGACCGCGCGCAGGCACUGCGUCACGACCACAGCGUACAUCGCGCUUGGAAAUGUGCUCCAAUUUCGUCGCAGGAUCGAGACUAUGGUCGUCUCGGAUACCGGUCGGGUGUUUUAAUUUACGUUACCCAAAACGGACAGACUUUAGCCAAUUCAUUGUUGUUUUAGAAGUGUACUUACUUUGUUAGUGUUUUUUUUUUAUUAUUUAGUGAAAGUUGCUCAGGCGCUGCCGACGGGCGCGGUCCAAUUAGUGUUCAACGAUUAAUUUAACUAUCGAACCGAGGACUUAUGUGCGUUUUGUUUAGCACGCAGCAUCGCCUCGCUGUUCGUGCUGUAACAGAUACCUUUAUGGAUGUUUAUGGUUUUUAUUGAUGAUAUAGUUUUAAGGCAUAAUUAUUAUGUUAUAAUAUUGUACGAUAUAUAAAUAGCGAGUUAAGAGAUAGUGCAAAACGACUGGGAACGGUUGCGUAUACUCCAUCACGAUUCUUGUCAAACAUUUACUCUUUGUUUUUAUGUGAAUAAUAUUGUUUUGUAUAGCCUUUUGUAAGAUUGGGUCGCUACUGUAAACCGGUUUUGUGAGUAGACGCCGAUGUCACUGAUGUAGCAUAAGUAGGUGUUUGAAAAUGAAACGACAACCGUAGUGAAACAUUUUACAUUGAACCUACAUUACAUUUCGAAUUUGGAAAGGAGAAUGCCCAUUUUUGUAUUGACCUUUAUCCUCUUACAAAGAUUUUUAUAAUUUUACAAUAAAAAUGGGUAUAUUAAAUAGAUUUUCUAUGUGCUGACAUAGCUUAAUUAGUAAAUAAAUCAGGAUCUAUGUUUUUAAUGUCGUACUCAUACGUAAUUUAAAAGGUGGGCAUAUUUGGGCAUUGUCCUUAUUUUAUUAAUUUAUUUUUUGCUAAGUUAUUUCGCGGCUGGAUUUUAGCCACAACAGAAUAUCAGUUUUGCCCUUUUGGGAAGAAAGCAAUAAACCAAUAAACUGAGUUGUAAAUAUUUUGUGUUACUAUAGCACACGCACAAAAGGAAAAAUUAUGUUACUUUAUUUAUACAUGUUCUUUUUUUCUGUCUCUUUUUAUCUGUCUCUUUUUUUCUUCAUCUAUGUCUGCUCUUAUUUGUGUGCUAUAAGUAAUGCAAAUAAAUUAUGUACCUAUUAGGCAAGUAUAUGUAUAUGGGAAGUAUGGCACUAAUUUGCAAAUGUUUGACACAAAUGUUGCAUUUUUAUUAAGCCUGAGUAUUAAAUGGAAUAUGUGGGGAUAUUAUUUUAAUAGUUUUUAUUUAAUUUGUUUUUAAAAGUUACCUUCAGACGUCAUUUUAACCUUCAGUUAAUGUGAAUGUAUUGAAAUAACAUGUCGCUAUUUAUUUUAUAUCAUGAAUUUUAUAUAAUUUAUACCAUUUGUUACCAACUGUUUGCCAAAUAUUAUUGGCGUUUGAGAUCAAAUGUUCAGUGUGCAAUGACUGUAAUCAAUAUUGUGCAAUUGGAACGAAUAGCGCCAAGUUCCUUUUCUUUUGAAAUCUUAAUUGUCGCAAAAUAUAUUGGUAGUAGCCCGUUGCGCCCCCUCUGAAUAGUAAAUAGGUAAGAGGAAGAGAGCGGGGAAUCGGCGGGGUUAGGGGCGGUGGAAGGGCAGGGGGGGCAGAUGGCGGCGACGGGCGCGAGUGGGGUAUGGGACUCCGCGCCGUUCCCAGCACUCCUGUGAUAUUAGCCUAGCCUGUGUGUCGUAUUUGUGCUAGUUUCCCCAACCUUGUUUGGAUCGCUAUGUAUUUAAAAAAAGAAGCUCCGAAAAAUAAAUUUUCCUUUACUAUUGGCCAUUUUAUACGGAUUAACCGGUUUUUAUAGUCGUACCAACGGCUGUAGAUUGCAUUUAGAAAUUACUCUAACAGUCCGUAGACGGUUAUUGUUUUUAUAUUAUUUGCGUUUGUAUGUAAUGUUGAUUAAAUCAUUAUAUUGUAAAUUUACGAGUAAAAUUAAGCGCUUGUACACUCAGCCGGCCACCCUUAUUUGGGGGCUGUGGAUUCACAUCAAGAAACUUAGUUGAUUCGAACAUAUUGCAUGAAGACGCGCCAUGCUAAAUUUUCAGUACUGAGGGCCUUUGCAGAUGGCGCUUUUUAUACGCACGGAUGACACACUUAAAUGAGAUUCAUUGACAACCAACCAUUUUUACACCUUCACCAAUUAUAAAUGCGUGUUUUUAUCGAUAAAAACGCACGUAAAGCGCGAUAUAAACAUGCUAUAUUCGCUCGUAUGUAUACAGAAACCUCAAUACCGACAGGCUUCGAACACGCUUCCUGCGCUCAUUUAUAUCACUUUGUACGCGCGUUUGUAUCGAUACAAAUGCAACGACUCCUUAUUUGGACCUCUACGACGCUAUGUACUCGCAUUGGUGAAACGCGCAACCACAUUCAAAAUACGCCCUCUGCAAUCAGCCCCAUGAUUACGAUCUGUACGAAAUGUAUUUUACAAAUUUAUUACGUAAAGACGCACAUAUGUAUUCUGUAAGUCAUUUAAUUCAUUGUACCAUAAUUAUUUUAAGCCACGUUGAAGUUGUAACAUAAUAGGUUGUUUUGUAUAAAGCGUAUGAGUGACCAAAACAUUAUCAUCGCAAAUAUUUUAAUUAUAUAAACGUGGCUUCCAUAUUUUCCCUAUGUGUGGGGAUGUGAGAUUUUUUAGAAAAUAAAUAAUUUGAGACCGAA